CUCUGACUCUACACUAGACAUAUACCCAGCAUCAGCAAAAUGGCAGCGACAAGCACUACCCCCGGCGGCAAGACCCUCCCGCCCAUGAUGACCUCGCUCCGCGUCGACGGCUCGGGCCAGGUCGAGAUUGUCGACCAGCUCCUCCUCCCCCACACGGUCAAGUGGAUCCCCGUCUCGACUCCCGAGGAGGCCUUUGACGCCAUCAAGACGAUGAGGAUCCGCGGCGCGCCAGCGAUCGCGUCCCUCGCUGCGCUGUCUGUUCGUUCGUACCUCUCGUCGGGGGCCGCGUCCAAGUUCUCCACCCCCGCCGACGUGUCGGCCGACCUCGGCUCGAUCCUCGACUACCUCGAGUCGUCGCGCCCCACUGCCGUCAACCUCGCCGAGGCGAUGAACCGCCUGCGCCGCAUUCUGAAGUCUGCGCCGGCCGCCGGCGGCGCUGCCGAGGUGUCUGCGCUCGUCGAGAAGAUCAAGACGGCGGCGUUCGCGGUCCACGAGGAGGACCAGGAGCGUAACCGCACCAUGGGCCGCCUCGGUGCCGAGUGGCUCUGGCAGCAGCGCGGCGGCAAGGAUGGCAAGAAGGGCCUCAAGGUCAUCACCGUGUGCAACACUGGCUCGCUCGCGACUUCGGGCUACGGCACGGCCAUUGGCGUGAUCACUGCGCUCUUCGAGGCCGACCACCUCGACACGGCGUACUACGCCCAGACGACGCCGUACCACCAGGGCUCGCGCCUCACGUCGCUCGAGCUCACGACGCUCAAGAUCCCCGCGUGCAUGAUCUGCGACACGAUGCUCGGCUCGCUGAUGCAGCACAACGACAUUGACGGCGUGAUCAUCGGCGCUGACCGCAUCGUUGCCAACGGCGACACGGCGAACAAGAUCGGCUCGUACCAGGCCGCCGUGCUCGCCCAGCGCCACAACGUCCCCUUUGUCGUCGUCGCGCCCGUCACCACCGUUGACCUGUCGCUCGAGACUGGCGCCCAGAUCCACAUUGAGCAGCGCCCCGCCGUCGAGGCCACGCUUGUCCGCGGUAAGAACCUCGAGACGGGCGACUUGUCGGUUGUCCGCAUCUCGCCUGAGGGUGUCGGAUCGGGCCCCGAGCCCUGGAACCAGGUCUACAACCCCUCGUUCGACGUUACCCCCGCCGAGCUCAUCAGCGCCGUCGUUACCGAGAAGGGCGUUGCGGUCCGCGCGCCUGGCGCCAAAAGCAUCGACGUUGCCUCGGUUUGCUAGUUAGAGCAUCUUUAUGAAUAAUGUGCCACGAUGACAGA